AAAAUAAUUACAUAACAAACACAAGCGACUUGCUGGCGGCAUGAAAAGACAAGAUAUAACAACUUUAAAUAAGUUACCUUUAUAAUGUCGCUUUUGCGUUUAUGACUAUCUAUAUGUUUAUGAUACUUUCUUCAAGACAUAUCUUGUUAGCUACAGCUGCUAGAUCAAUUUAUACUUUUCUUUUUUCCUAGCUAACGUCAAGUUAUGCCUCAAGACAUUCAAGGGGGAGAAGAACAUCUCCCGUUGGUAAGGUCUCUGAAAAGCGGAAUACCGUCGAUUGCAGUGUUUUGUAACCGGAGUCCUCGAAUCAUGCGACCAGUAUGGAUUAAUUUCCGCGGGGAACCUCAACUCUACGAUAUUUUACAGCCAGGAAAAGGAAUGAAAAUGAACACCUUCGUAGGUCAUCCUUGGAUGUUCAGAGAUGCAGAGACAGAUGAUGCGCUGAAGGCGAAUAGUAAAGAGAUGUUCCUGCCCAAACCAAUGGAGAAUGGACAGGCUGUCCAGGUUAACGUCACAUUACCAGUCCUCAGCUUGAAGGAGCGUGCCCUCCAGGUAGUGCGGCGCCUGGUCCGUCCAGAGGACUACAGGAGGCUGGAGAUUGCUCGGUGUCUCCAUGAGGAGCUGGAGGACCGUCCCAGCGUGCUGAAGGACCUGAUGCGCAUCGCCCAGCGUGUGGAACAGCGCCUCCUAGAAGACAGGCAGCAACCCCAGGAUGCAUGAGGAGCAACUUAGAGACAAUGACCCAACACACCUCCAGGCUGUGCAAGGGCUAUUGGACCAAGAAGGAGAGUGAUGGAGUGCUGCAUCAGAUGACCUUGCCUCCACAAUCCGUCGACCUCAACCCAAUUGAGAUGGUUUGGGAGGAGUUGGACCGCAGAGUGAAGGAAAAGCAGCCAACAAGUGCUUGGCAUAUGUGCUUGGCAAGACUUUUGGAAAAGCAUUCCAGGUGAAGCUGGCUGAGAGAAUGCCAAGAGUGUUUAAAGCUGUCAUCAAGGCAAAGGGUGGCCGUGUUGAAGAAUCUGAAGUAUAAAAUAUAUUUCGAUUUGGUUACUACAUGAUUCCAUAUGUGUUAUUUCAUAGUUUCGAUGUCGUCACUAUUAUUUUACAAUAGCACAACUAAACAUUUGAAUGAGUUGGUGUGUCCAAAACUUUUGACUGGUGUUUGUGUGUAUAGUUAUUAUUUUUGCUCAGAAAACUUGGGUGACCAAAUAAAUCCCCCACUGGUUGGGGAACCCUGCUUUGGAGUGUUUAAGACUUUCAUGCAGGUUUUGCUCAUCAGCUUGUUAAUCAAAUAUACUGGGUUUGGAAUAGAUUAAGUAAACCAAAAUAUAUUCAUUUAGAUUGAUUUACACGCUCGCUGGCAAUCAAGGUAGCAUGUUUAAAAAAAGAUAAAUGUUUUUGUUACAUACUGUAGCUUUAUAAUGAACACGCUCAACGUAUUUAUUCAUCAUAAAAUGUAAAGAUGUGAGAAAAGAUGUAAAGGUUUGAAUGAGGGAUGGGUCAAAGUAACUAUUAUAAACUGGGUGGUUUGAGCCCUGAAUGCUGAUUGGCUGACACCUUUGGUAUAGCACACCAGAUACUACCGGUAUGACAAAACAUGUAUUUUUACUGCUCUAAUUUCGUUGGUAACCAGUUUAUAAUAGCAAUAAGGCACCUCUGGGGUUUGUGGUAUAUGGCCAAUAUACCACAGCUAAGGGUUGCGAUGCGUCGUGCCUACGAACAGCUCUUAGUCGUGGUAUAUUGGCCAUAUACCACACCCCCUCGUGCCUGCUUAACAAUCGGAAUAUAUACUGAGUGUACAAAACAUUAAGAACAUCUUCCUAAUAUUGAGUUGCACCCCCCGGCUGCCCUUUUGUUGGUGGACCAUUCUUGAUGCACACGGGAACCUGUUGAGCAUGAAAAACCAAGCAGCAUUGCAGUUCUUGACACAAAAUAGUGUGCCUGUCACCUACUACCAUACCCUGUUCAAAGGCACUUACAUUGUUUUGUCUUGCCCAUUCACCCUCCAAAUGGCACAUACACAAUCCAUGUCUCAAAAAUACUUCUUUAACCUUUCUCCGCCCCUUUGUCUACACUGAUUGAAGUGGAUUUAACAAGUGACAUCAAUAAGGGAUCAUAACUUUCAGCUGGUCAGGCUCAUGGAGCAGGUGUUCAUAAUGUUUUGUACACCCAGUGUAUAUUGCAAACAACCUUUGAGGCUUUGUGAAAAAUACAUACUGUGUGUACCUACGUGCCUGUUUUUUUUGCAAUGUUUUCUAUUUGUAAUAUAUUCCACAUAUGCAAAAGACUGAUAAAUCAACCUAAUAAAUGUUUAUGUUCUUG